AUGAUACCAAAGGUGACGGCAAGAAUGAACGAAGCUCUCAUAAGAGACAUUUCGAAAGAAGAGGUGAAAGAAGCGAUAUUCUCAAUCAAAGCUGAGAGUGCACCAGGACCGGAUGAGAUUUUGGCUGUCAAUCAGUCAGCGUUUGUGAGUGAAAGAUUGAUCUCAGACAACAUUUUAAUCGCUCAUGAAGCAGUCCACGCCCUGAAGGUACACCCAGAGGUAUCAGCAGAGUACAUGGCAGUGAAAAUUGACAUGUCCAAAGCAUACGACAUAAUUGAAUGCUGUUACUUGCCAGCCUUACUGCGAGCGAUGGGUUUUCACGAGAAGUGGGUUGAUUGGAUCAUGAUGUGUGUAACAACUGUAUCCUUCUCGGUCCUGAUAAACGAUCAACCCUUUGGCUUAAUAUCCCCGUAG